AUGUCUCCCCCAUCUGAACACUACUCCCCCAUCGCCCAAGACGAUCCCCAUAGCUCCUCCGAAAAGCUCUUCACCCAGCCUGUAGACGUGGAAGUAGUUGACAAGAACGUCUGCCCGUGCAGUCGCCACCACACUUCAGCCUGGCGUCGCUCCUGGCUCUGGCUGCUCGUCGUGUUCUCGCUCUUCCUCAACAUUGCCGGUCUCAUCACCUUCCUCCUUCGCUCUCGGUGCACCAAUGGAGAUGAACUCCUCAACGCCCAUUCACCUGCAUAUCCCGCCAUUGAAUACAACGUUGCUCGCUUCAAUGGCACCAUCGGAUUCCGCUCCCCGUACGUAGGCAUCGGCCCCGACGUCGACGCUGCCUGGGCAGGUAUCACUGACUCCAACAGCCACUUGCUUCCUGUCCGCAUCCCCGAUGACUACCUCACCCGCAUCGGCCUCGACGACGCCCACCUCCUGACUAAAGUCCGCUUCCUCCCCGAAGACGGCGGCGGCAGCAUGGGCACCAUAGACCUCUUCCAUACCCUGCACUGCGUCGACAUGAUCCGCAGAUACUCCUACAUCGAGCACUACCCUGAUCUCCAGAACACCAUGACCACACGCCCCGGCUUCUUCCGCGACCACCUGAACCACUGCCUCGAGAUGCUGCGCCAGAACCUCAUGUGCCACGCAGACAUCGCGUUCAUCACGUAUGACUGGGUCGCCGGCUUCCCCAAGCCGUUCCCCGACUUUAGCACCGUGCACCAGUGCCGCGACUUUAGGAAAAUCCAGCAGUGGGAGCGCGCGAACCGGGUCCGGGUCCCGCUGGAGCGCAUCCAGGCGACGAGGAAGGAGAGCGAGCUCUCCGCUGCUGACGUCGACCUCAACGGUGUGCUCACCUUUGGCCACGGCAUGGGCGGCGCACAGCCCAACUGA